AGCAAAGAGAGAAUUUGGUUUUUUAAGAAGUGGUGUUUCUCAUCAUCAUCAUCGCCUUUGCGCAAUCUCACUAGUGAAUACGGCGCCAAGGUUAAAAGACACAAGAGAGAGAGAACCCAAACACAAAGUGGAAGAUCGAUCGGUUCGUGUAAUGGAGCCAGAGAUCGCUCAUCCCGUCGCUUCUUGCUCCACAACUCUUACCCCUAACAAGGUGGAAACUCCAGAAGCUAAUGGUGUGGAGCAACAAUUUAAUAACAACAAUGUUGAUAAUAAGAACAAAGGGAAGGCUAUACUGAUGGGAGACGAUGAUGAGCAGCUUGAGGGAUCUGCUAGUGAUUGUUAUGACACAACAAACAACGAUGAGUCGUGUCCUGGCUCCUCUCCGUUGUCUAAUAGUUUGCUAGACCCUGAUUCUUUAAUCUACGAAGACGACGAUGACUAUUCUGAUCAGUAUGGGUAUGAGAUGGAGGAUGAGCUUGAGGAGGAUGAUGAUGAUGAUGAUGAUGGUGCUGAUGAUUACGUCUCAGAGUAUCAAGCUCUUUUUGAUGCUAAGGAGAAGGAAAUCCCAGCUGGUGUUGAGGUGACAAUGGACUGGCUUCCAGAUUCUGAAACUGGUAAAUCAAGUGGAAGUGGCAAAAGUUCUCGUGACGAGCCAGAAGCUCCUAGCAGCAGCAGCAGUAGCAGCAGCUCAAAGAAGGCUCCGGUUGCUCAACCGUGGAAUGCUUUGCCACACAACGCUAAAGGAGUGAUACCAAACUCUGCUUACGCAUUGCCACUGAAAAGCCAGACUUACCACUACUCUGCAUCGCAAGCUUUUAAGUAUUCUUCCAGUGAUAUUGAGCCUCAGACUCCUGAUACAGUGAUGGUGGAGGUUCCGGUUCCGGUUCCAGCUCCGGCUUCUUCUGGUUUAGUGCUUCCGGUACCAAACCACCCAUCCUGGUAUAAAGGGCAUAAGAUGUAUCCUUCUGCUCGGCCUAGAGUGGAGGAGGUUAUUCAAGGUCAGGGUUCUUCCAGAGUUAAGAGGAAUAUGGAGGAUUAUCUUGGCAAGUAUUUGUUUUUCAAAAAGUUUGACAUUGUUGAAGAUUUGGGGGACCAUGAAUACGCUACUCAGGGAACAUCUUCAAAGCAGCAUUCGAAAGAAUGGGCGAAAAGGAUCCAAGAGGAGUGGAAAAUUCUUGAGAAUGAUUUGCCAGAGAUGAUAUUUGUCAGAGCUUAUGAGUCUAGGAUGGACCUUAUGAGGGCUGUGAUUGUUGGAGCUGAUGGAACUCCUUACCAUGACGGUCUCUUCUUUUUCGAUAUCUACUUCCCGGAUACAUACCCUUCUGUGCCUCCGAUGGUUCAUUACCAGUCUGGUGGGCUAAGAAUCAACCCAAAUCUGUACAAUUGUGGGAAAGUGUGUCUGAGUCUUCUCGGCACUUGGAGUGGUGCCCCGAGGGAGAAGUGGAUCCCCAACAAUUCUACAAUGUUGCAGGUUCUCGUCUCAAUCCAAGGUCUGAUUUUGAAUGAGAAGCCUUACUUCAACGAGCCUGGCUACGAGAGAUCAGCGGGUUCUACAGCCGGGGAGUCCCAGUCUAACCUUUACAGCGAGAACACCUUCUUGCUUUCUUUGAAGACAAUGGUUUACAACAUGAGGAGACCACCCAAGUAUUUUGAAGACUUUACGUAUGGGCAUUUCUUUAGCUGUGCUCACGACGUGUUGAGGGCGUGUACUGCUUAUAGAAACGGAGCUUUAGUGGCGUCUUUGGUGAGGGGAAAGGUCAAAGAAGGGGAAGAGAGUAGCGAGAGAUGCUCUGAGAAGUUUAGGCAAGAGGUGGGUACCAUUGUGGACACACUUCUGUUGAAGGAGUUCAUUCUUCUAGGUGUUCUUGGUCUGGAGCCGGAAGAAGAAGACAAACCCUCGGAGAUUAACGUUGCAGAGAGCAGUAACAGACCACCGAGAGGCGGAAUGUCUUCAAAUUAAGCUCCGUUGCUUCCUUUUUCUUAUUUUGAGUAGCUUAAAGCUCUUCUUAGGCGAGAUUUCUUUAAUGUUAACAGAACAGAGAGGACUUAGUUGAUCUCUUUUCUUAUUAUCAUGGAUCCUUUCUUUCUUAUAUAUGACAUGCCUUUAUUGAGAUGUCAAUCUCAUUUGUACAGUUGCCUUUUUAAGAUAAUUAUCAUCAUAAUAUGU